AUGGUGAGAGCCUCGGCGGCGGCGGCGGCGGCGGCGGCGGCCCUCACGCAGGGCCUGGAGCGCAUCCCGGACCAGACCGGCUACCUGGUCAUCAGCGACGGCGCCGUCCUGGCGGUGAGGAGCCUCNUCUCCCCGCAGUCGGCCGGCGACCUGGAGAACGACGAGCGCACGGCGGGCGCGAUGGCGGAGCUGGUGAGCACGGCCUGCGCCUUCCGGCUGCCGCGGGGCCCGGAGCUGCCCUUCCGCCGCGUCUCCGUGGUCUUCGGGGAACAUUCCCUGCUGGCGACCGUCUCCGGCCAGAAGCUCUUCGUGGUGAAGCGGCUCAACAGCGUCCCGGAGCCCGUGGUCGUCUGA